CCUAUCUUCUCCAAACUUUGCCGCGAAAAUCCCUCUCGCCGGAAAAACGGCACCGUCGCAACGUUCUGGCCGUUUCUCUUUGUCAACCACCGCUUAUUCUGUGCACGAAUGCCGAGUCACUGACUCGCCCAACGGCUACAAAUCCACAAUGUCAUUUCCCUCUAGGCGCCACUCGCUGAGUCCAUCUCAACUCGCUUCCUCCAGCCCCGGGUCGACUCACGAUCUCAAGCAACGAGUAAUCGCCAGCCUCAACAAGCUCUCCGACCGCGACACUCUAGCCGUUGCUGUUGCUGAGCUCGAGUGCAUUGCUCGGACUCUGAACCAGGACUCAUUCUCUUUAUUCCUCAACUGCAUUUACAACACCGACUCUUCUUGUAAAUCCCCCGUCCGGAAGCAAUGCGUUCACCUAUUGACGGUUCUCUCCCAGUUCCACGGUGAUUCUCUCUCUCCUCACCUCUCUAAGAUGAUCUCCACCGUCCUAAGGCGCCUCCGCGAUCCCGACUCCGUUGUCCGAUCAGCCUGCGUCGAAGCCGUCACUUCGAUGUCGUCGCGGAUCACGAAACCGCCAUUCACGGCGGCGUUUUUGAAACCGUUAAUGGAGGCUCUGACGCAGGAGCAGGAUGUAAACUCGCAGAUCGGCGCUGCGCUGUGCCUGGCAGCGGCAAUUGAGUCGGCGCCGGAGCUGGAUGUGGAGGCGUUGCGAAAGAGCACUUUGCCAAGGUUGGGGAAGCUGGCCAAGAACGAGGUGUGCAAGGCGAAGGCAGCGUUGUUGGUGCUCAUAGGGAGUGUUGUGGGCGUCGGUGGCGCGUCGAGUCGGGGUGUGUUGAAUUGGUUGGUGCCCUGUCUUGUUGAGUUUCUGAGCAAUGAGGAUUGGACGGUCAGGAAGGCAGCUGCGGAGGGUUUGGGAAAGGUAGCUUUAGCGGAGAAAGAUUUGGCGUCGCAGUAUAAAGUGCUGUGCUUGGAUUCGUUACAAAAUCGCAGGUUUGAUAAGGUCAAGGUAGUUCGGGAGGCUAUGAAUCGCAGCUUGGAGACGUGGAAGGAGGUAACUGAUGCAUCGGAGGAUGUUUCGCCUCCAGUGAAAUCCGCGUGUUCUACAGUUGGUCCAGAUAAUGAUAAUAAUCAGUGUGACACUGCAAGUUCAGCCCAUGCUGGCU